AUGGGGGGGGGGAAUCAAACUUCAGUGGCUGAAUUCUUCCUACUGGGUCUCUCCAGGAGCCUGACAAUCCGUCUCAUUCUCUCUGGGUUCUUUUCCGUGAUCUACAGCAUCACACUGGCAGGCAACACAAUCAUAUUGUUGCUCAUUUGGUCGGAUUCUCGACUCCAUACUCCCAUGUAUUUCUUUCUGAGUCACCUCUCCUGCGUGGACAUCUGCUACACUUCCACCACCAUCCCUCAGAUGUUGGCCAACCUCCAGAACCUGAGACAAACCAUCUCGUUGGUUGGCUGCGCCAUUCAGAUGCACAUUUUUCUCACCUUGGCUAUCACUGAGUGCAUUCUGCUCGCCGUCAUGGCUUACGACAGGUACGUGGCCAUAUGCCACCCCUUGCACUACACAUUCCUCAUGAACAAAAGAGUGUGCUUCACACUAGCGCUAACAUCCUGGGCUGGUGGCCUUCUGUUGCCGGUGUUACACACUUUCCUCACCUGGCGUUUGCCGUUCUGUGGUCCCAAUCGAAUCGACCACUUCUUCUGUGAAAUGCCAGCAGUGUUGAAGCUGGCCUGUGCCGACACGAAAACGGUUGAAAACGUCACUUCACUGGGGUGCAUCUUCACCUUGAUCACUCCCACCUCCUUUAUCAUGAUGACUUACAUCCGCAUCCUGAGAGCCGUCUUCAGAAUGAAAUCGGCACACGGUCGAGGCAAAGCAUUCUCCACAUGUGGCUCCCAUAUUACCGUGGUGGUGCUCUUCUAUGGCAGCGCCAUGUUAAUGUACAUGAGACCCACGUCCAGCCACUCACCAGAGAUGGACAAAAUAGUCUCUCUCUUCUAUAGCGUCAUCAUCCCCAUGUUCAAUCCCAUGAUAUACAGUCUGAGGAACAAGGAAGUGAAAGGGGCCUUGAUAAAAACACUGCAGCAUUGCAGAGUUUCUGGACUCAAUGGAAGAGACCAGUGUUUUCUAAGUCAUAUGGGGAAAUAUCCAUCUUUCUUUUCUACAGAAAAUCAAAAUUCAGAAGCUGCAAUGUGGAACCAAACAUCAGUGACAGAAUUCAUCUUCCUGGGCCUCUCAAGGAACUUGAAGAUCCGUCUCAUUCUUUUUGGGUUAUUCUUCACUGUCUAUGCCAUCACGCUGGCAGGCAAUGCAAUCAUACUGGUGCUUAUCCGGCUGGAUUCUCGACUCCACACCCCCAUGUAUUUCUUCCUGAGCCACCUCUCCUGUGUGGACAUCUGCUACACUUCCAGCACCGUCCCCCAGAUGCUGGCCAACCUCCAGAGUCCAAACACACCCAUCUCACUGGUUGGUUGUGCGGUACAGAUGUAUACGUUCCUCGCCUUGGCCACCACCGAAUGCAUCCUCCUCGCAGUGAUGGCGUACGAUAGGUAUGCUGCCGUAUGCCACCCUCUGCAUUAUGCAUCCCUUAUGAACAAAAAAGUGUGCAUUAAGCUGGCUGCCGCAACCUGGACCAGUGGCCUUUUAUUGCCCGUGGCACACGCGGUCCUCACUUGGCGGUUGCCCUUCUGUGGCUCCAAUGUGAUAGAUCACUUUUUCUGUGAAAUGCCUGCAUUGCUGAAGCUGGCAUGCGCCAACACCAAUGUGGUUGAAAAGCUCACUUCACUGGGAUGCAUCGUCACCCUGGUCGCACCCAUCUCUUUUAUCAUGGUGAGCUAUGCCCGCAUAUUGGGGGCCGUUUUCAAAAUCAAAUCUACCCAAGGCCGGUGCAAAGCUUUCUCAACGUGUGCCUCUCAUGCUUCAGUAGUGGUGCUUUUCUAUGGCAGCGCCAUAUUUAUGUACAUGAGACCUGAGUCUAGCCAUAGCCCGGGUCAGGACAAAAUGAUCUCUCUCUUCUAUAGCGUCGUCAUUCCCUUAUUAAAUCCCAUAAUAUACAGUCUGAAGAACAAGGAUGUCAAAGGGGCUGUGAUGAAGGUACUGCAUAAAUGCAGGUCUUGUUGA